AUGGCAGAUCAUUUCGAUGCCGACAUGUACGAUGACAAUAUGCCCAUGCCUGACGCGUCUGCACCACCGACAGGCACGACCGAUGUCUCCAUGACGGACCCGACGCCGCGCACAGAGGCGCUGUAUAUCGCUGGUGUUGAACACUUGUCUACGCGCGAUGUCGGUGAUUGGGUUGCGUUAUUUUAUGAUGCCUUCUUGCCCAAGAUUGAAUGGAUCGAUGACCAUUCCCUCAACUUAGUCAUGAAGACGCCUGAGGAUGCAACAGAACUCUUGAGGCAACUCGUCGAUGGCAAUCCGACAGCGGUGACAACCACUCAGACGCUGCCGGCAAAGAUUCAUGCAGAUAAACCGAAUGUUGCUUUGACUGUACGGCGUGCAACUUCAGCGGAUGUGAAGCCUCCGAGAGCAGCAGAGCGCAGUCGGUGGUAUCUUUUGCAUCCAGAAGAUGAGCGUCGAAAUACCUUCAAUCGAGUCGAAAGGCAAGCGAAACGCAGUAGUCGAACAACACCCUACGAUACCUCUAGACGUCGCAAAGAACCGCGCGAUACGCGAUCACUUGCUGAGCGAUUACAUUUGCCACUUGACAACGAUGAGCAGGAUCUUUUGGAUUUACGGAGGGAUAAAGAGGCGCGUACGGAAGCAGCGGGUGGAGAUGUCUUUGCGGCGCGAAUUGCAGAGGCGGAGGAAGCAGCGCGACGACGACCAGCUGCUGUACGACAAGCGGAGAAGCAACAGAUGCGAAAGACGUUGCCGAAGGGCGAUUUGAUGGCUGGACUGAGGGCCUUGCCUGCAGGUGGUCGAGAGAAGUCUCGGUUGACACUGGCUGAGCGGUUACACGGUAAGGAUAAAGACGUGGAUCUAUUGGCUGGUGUGCCCAAGGAGCGAGAUUUGCUGGAGACACAGCGGCCUGCGUCAAGGCAGAUGCAAAUCAAGGACCAAGGACUACACAAGCAGGCCUCUGUCCCUCAUCUACCUUUCCUCGCGCCUAACAGUUCAUCAUCAAUAUGGGCUACAUCGUCAUCCCCAAACUGCACUGCAAAGAAGGCAUGGGCGCUAAGCGCCUACUUUGCUUAUUGCUCGGAAAGCGAUCCAGACGAUAUCCUGCUAUUUGAGAAUUAUGCUUCGAAAGCAGAUUGCGACAAGCACUUCAAGACUGACAAGUUGAAGGAGUUUGGCGCAGUGGUCGUGGGCGAGUGCUUGAAGUCUGACCUACAGAUGAACUACUAUGAACCCGUCAUGGGCUUCUUGGGAAGAGGCGAGGUGUCUGUGCCAAAGGGCCAAUUUGUCUGGCUGGCUGAACUCAAGUGUCACGAUGCAGAGGCCCGCGAUGCUAUCUUCGAAGCUGCUGGUGAUCUCAUCCGCUAUGUUCACGACAACGAACCCUCGACGCUGGCAUACCUGUUCCUCAAAUCGGUGGAUGAUGAAGCCAAAUUGACCGUUUUUGAGAUUUACGAGUCGCGUGCAGCGCUGUUCGAUGUGCACCACAAGUCAGAGGCCUUCAAGGAGUUUGGCGGAAGAGUGGGACGACAUGUGAUGAGCAAGGAGAGUACCGGCUACUACACUGUGGAUGGCGGCUGGUUGGCAAAGGAUGGAGUGGAUGCCAAGCCGCCAGAGUGCGUCAUUCCCGCUGUCAGUUCUGCCAAAAGAAAUAAACAGAUCAAGGAACCCACACAGCACCAGCAUCAGCUACACUUGCAGCAGAUGAGGAAGGACGCAGCUGCCAGGGACGGGCACCAGGCAACAAUCUCAGAGGCCACUCAAACACCCCAAGAGGUGCCUGCCUCCAAACCACCCAGCAGACCACCUGCACCCCGUCCCAAAUCCACACGUACAGCACAACGGCCACCGUCGCAUAAAGCACAACCGAAACGGCCAUGGGGUCGUCGCUGGUUCCUCAUUGCAGGUGCAUGCAUCGGUGUCUUGUCUGCCAUGUAUUUCGCAAAAGACAAGAUUGACUUGACGGAGCUUGGGCUUCCAGACUACUGGGAUGAGUUGUCGGCGCGCUUACCGGAUCGCGUACUAAAAGAGGUGACGCGUAUGUCUGAGCAGCGUGCCAAGUCUGCUGCAAGUGAUCAUAAUGCAUUCAGUGUUGGUCGAAAAUUGAAGAAUGAAGGAUUAUCGCUGGCCUUUCCACUCGUGAUGCUGCCAGGUGUUAUUUCAACAGGCUUGGAAUCUUGGUCCACUGAAGGGUGUGCGGCGCCUUUUUACCGGAAACGGCUUUGGGGAUCUUGGUCGAUGCUACGUUGUAUGCUGACUGACAAGGCGUGCUGGACCAAGCAAAUCAGCUUGGACCCCAUAUCAGGGCUCGACCCUGCGGAUGGCAGUGCGAAACUUCGAGCCGCUACAGGUUUUGAUGCCACAGACUUCUUCAUUACCGGCUACUGGAUCUGGAAUAAGAUUCUUGAGAACGUCAGUGCUCUUGGUGGAGAGCCAAACAACAUGUUCACCGCAGCGUAUGACUGGCGCUUAUCCUUUUCAAAUCUCGAGAAUCGAGAUCAUUACUUUACAAAACUCAAGUUGCAUAUCGAAUCUGCAAAUUUGUCGACCGGCAAGAAGACCGUUCUCGUAUCUCACUCGAUGGGCUCGCAAGUUUUGUUUUACUUUAUGAAAUGGGUCGAGCAUGAGAAACAUGGUAAUGGUGGCAAGGACUGGGUCAAUCGGCAUAUUGAUACAUGGAUCAACAUCUCAGGCAGUAUGCUUGGGACUCCCAAAGCAGUUGCUGCGCUCGUCAGUGGUGAGAUGAAGGAUACAGCACAACUCAAUGCAUUCAGUGUCUAUGGCCUCGAAACCUUCUUUUCAAGAAAGGAACGUGCUCAGAUUCUACGGACGUUGCCAGGCAUUGCAUCGAUGCUGCCAAAGGGUGGCGAUCGGAUAUGGGGAACAAUGGACAGUGCGCCAGAUGAUCCAGAGUUGCGCAAUGGCUCUAGUUUUGGCAAUUUCUUCAAGUUCAAGACACCAGCAACGAUUGAUCCCGACAGCGACUCGGUGAUACCUGGCAACAUGACGAUGGACAAGUCAAUGGAGUACUUGUUGCAGCAUACGGAUCAUCAUUUCCAUCGCAUGCUAGCAACCAACUACUCACACGGUAUUGCAGACACGCUCGAAGAAGUUCUCGCCAAUAAUGACAAGCCUGAAAAAUGGAUCAACCCCCUGGAGACUGCGCUGCCAGAUGCACCAGACAUGAAGAUUUUCUGCAUGUAUGGUAUUGGCAAGCCAACUGAACGCACCUACUACUACGAGACAUCUGACUUUGAGCAGCAGAAUCUAGGGAGAGAUAUGUUGCAGGAUCAAUCCAAGAAUCCACGAGACCGGAAUGUUACGCAUACGACACCCAUGGACAUUCCAUUUGUGCGGUCAAGCUUCAUUGAUAAUACGGUCACGAAUAAGCAAGAGAAUUUGGAGAAGGGUGUGCAAAUGGGAGAAGGCGAUGGAACUGUUGCAUUGUUGUCAAGCGGAUAUAUGUGUGCACAUGCUUGGAAGGAGAUCCCAAGGUUCAAUCCAAGCAAGAUUCCCAUCAAGGUGUAUGAGAUGCAGCAUGAGGAAGACUUGUUUGAUAUUCGAGGUGGGCCCAAGACGGCGGACCAUGUCGAUAUUCUUGGCAGACCCGAAUUGAGCGAGCUGAUUUUGCGCGUUGCUGCAGGGCAUGGUGAGCAGAUCGAGGAGCAGAUCCUGUCUGAGAUCGUCAAGUAUAGCAGACGGAUCGAUAUCCAGUAG